GUAGCACCCACCCACCCACCUACCCACCCACCUUCCCGCCGCCCAUCUCCGCGUCCAUCUCGCCGGUGUCCCUCCCCGCUGCGGCCUCGGCCGCCCCGUUGGCGCCCGCUCGCGCCCUCUCCUGAGGCCGGGCCUCGUCAGCCCGGGUGUGACCCGGGUGACUCUACCCCGGCCGCCCCCUACCUCCUACCUCCAGGGUGUGACCCGGGUGACUCUACCCCGGCCGCCCCCUACCUCCUACCUCCAGGGUGUGACCCGGGUGACUCUACCCCGGCCGCCCCCUACCUCCUACCUCCAGGGUGUGACCCGGGUGACUCUACCCCGGCCGCCCCCUACCUCCUACCUCCAGGGUGUGACCCGGGUGACUCUACCCCGGCCGCCCCCUACCUCCUACCUCCAGGGUGUGACCCGGGUGACUCUACCCCGGCCGCCCCCUACCUCCUACCUCCAGGGUGUGACCCGGGUGACUCUACCCCGGCCGCCCCCUACCUCCUACCUCCAGUCGCCCACCCGCCGAUGCCGACGGCGCCACGGGGUUCCUCGCCGCGACAUCCCCUUCCCGGCCUCCGUCGGACCCCCUGGAGCUCUUUCCCGAAUCAGUUGGCAGCAGCAGCCGCACCCGGGAGGUUUUGCCGCUGA